ACAGUAACCAGACUUCCAAACUUACCACAACUGCCGUCACUGGUUGUCCAGGGAUGAACGACAUUGUCUCGGAGAAACCUGGGUUCUGAAUCUUGCUGCCGGAUUCGUACAGUUUACUAAUCGGAAAUGCUAGUUCUUCUAGGAGUAACAAACUUCCUUUGUUAACGCAUGAGUAACAUGAUGAUUCCUGACAUGUAGAAAGCUUAAUGAUGUCAUUCCGCCAUUCCAGAAGCAGUGGGUUAGAGUGUUUUGAGUGACGGCUUAACAUGGAUGGGUGGAGUUACCGAAAAUGCAGCGAAAGAACCUUGCGAACAUAGAAGAUCCGCCAGGCUACGCUACCGAAAAUCCAUCCAUUUCACAACAGACAGACUGAGCUGGGAGCUGCCUGCCAAGCUGGCCCUGGUGUUCAGAGAUAUGGCCCGGACCACGUCAGGGGUCAAAGGGCAUAGCACCCUCUACCGUAAACCUAUGGGAAAGUCUGAUUUCCUAAACUGGAUAGUUUAUCAUGGACCAGUUGGUGGCAAUAUUACUCGACAAUGAUUUCCACCGGCUCAGUAAAGCGCAUCGCGACAACAAUCUGGGCCCAUGGGCAGAGGUGGUACCACAGGUCCUAAAGUGGUGGGGCAACAUUUUUGACAUAUCGGGGGCCUUUCUUCAGGACCUGUCUAUAUUUAAAUGAACAAGUCAACUUCUGUGUCCUAUUUGUAUUCUUUGUUGAUUGACAAUGGAUAAUUGUAAACAUUCACAUACAUUUGAGUAACUUAGUAGACACUUACACACAAGGCAUGUUAAAAGUAUAGUUACAGUACAUGAUUGUACAGUACAUACUUAAUUUAUGGUUGAAUUUUUUUCUCUUUGGGUCAUGUGAUUCUACUAGGUCAUGUGAUUCUAAUUCUCGCUAGCUAAUAACGUCAUGUAAGUUAGCUUUCUAGUUAACAUGUAGUAGCUAAAAAUGCAUACUACUCUGCAUGAUUGCGAUUGGGACACGUUGAGGAUUUUGACAUAGUUACCUUGUUUCUUUCCAAUAAACGUGACGUUUUCGGUGACCAUCUGCACUGACUCGUUCUGUAACCCUCGUGCUGUCUUCGGGUCAUUGUGAUCCACAGCCAUGUUGUGACAACUUUAACUAAUAAAAAUAUAGUGAAACAUUUUCUUUAUCAUUUGCGCUGUCUCUGGGUCGUUGUUGCCCAGUGUGUCAUUUCUCAAACACACACUUUCAAAGACACACAUGGAGACAACAGGCCUAAACUGGUUGUCUGCCUAUGGUACAAACUUCAUAAACACAUCUUUAGACUUCAAUAUUACUGUAAUACUGUCUGACUCUCCAACAUGGGUUGGUAGAUUGUUCCAGAGAUCUUAGUGACAGCUUGCUUAUCAGAACCACAUUAAUGACGGCCGAUUAGCUGGAAGAGUUGUGGUAAGGUGUCACACAGGAAAUAGAAGAGAUAUAGUUUAUAGAAGCUGCUGUUCCUGCCCUCAGCCCACUCCCCAGUCAGAAGUCUUCUACAGCCCAGUGGAGACCCAGUCUGAGAGAGAGAUGGUUCCUGUCCUGAUGCUGGUGGUCAUGUUCUGGAGCACAGGUCUCCAGGAUGAACUCAUUGAUGAACCUCCAGGUUCUGAUGUGAGGCUGGAGGGAGGAGAUGGUCGCUGUGCUGGUGGAGUGGAGAUGAAACACCAGGAAGAGUGGAGGAGAGUGGGCAGUUGGUCUGACUGGGACCUGAGAGCUGCAGUUGUAGUGUGCAGACAGCUGGACUGUGGCUCUGCUGUUUCAACACGUUUCACUGUUGGUGAUGAUAAACAUGAUGCAUGGGAGUUUAGAUCUGCCUGUGUUGGGUCUGAGUCUGCACUGAGGGAGUGUGGAACAGUGGAGGAAAGGUAUUCCACUUCCUCUACCCUGGAGGUGAUCUGCUCAGAGUCUGUGAGGCUUGUGGACGGAGCUGGUCUGUGCUCUGGCAGAGUGGAGGUGAGGUCUGAUCAGUCGUGGGUCUCAGUGUGUGAAGCUGACUUUGACAGGCUGGAUGCAGAGGUGGUCUGUCAGGAGCUUGGCUGUGGGGCUCCUUCAGCCCUCCAGGGGGCGCUCUAUGGAGAAGGGAAAGGUCCACUCUGGGAUAAAGAGUUCCAGUGUGGAGGCACGGAGUCCCGUCUCCUGGACUGUGACACCUCAGACUCAGCUAGAAACACCUGCUCACCUGGUAAUGCUGUUGGACUCACCUGCUCAGGGCCAGAUGAUGUGAGGUUUGAGAGAGGAGAUGGUCGCUGUGUUGGCAGAGUGGAGCUGAAACACCAGGGAGAGUGGAAGAGAGUGGGCUGGGCGAUCAGCUGGGACCUGAGAGCUGCAGCUGUACUGUGCAGACAGCUGGACUGUGGCUCUGCUGUUUCAACAAUAUACACUGAUAAUAAACAUCCUACAUGGAGAUUUGUAUCUCACUGUGUUGGGUCUGAGUCUGCGCUGAUGGAGUGUAUAACAGUGGAUGGAGGGUACGAGACUUCCCGUACCCCAGAGGUGAUCUGCUCAGGUAAUACACACAUCAUGUUGUUCUAUUCAGCUGAUGAUGUUGACAGUCUCACGUGACAUUACAUUUAUGCAUUUAGCGGACGCUUUUAUCCAAAGCGACUUCAAAAAGAGAGUUUUACAAAAGU